UGGCUCUCCGACGGGCCGUUUCUCGCUCCACCGCUGCUAGCUUGCCGCCGCGGAGGGGAGAGGCGUCGGCACCACCAUGCUGCUCGGAAGCAUGGACUCAUGCUUGCCACCCAAGAGUCGCAAGAGGUCACUGCGACGCCCAUUGAGGCAGUUGUCCCUGGGAGAGCCUCUGCCUGCGAGCCCGCUCAUCUCGACACGCAAUCUCGUCCCCGGACUGAGCGAGAGCGUGGUGCAGCUAGACAUCCUCGGCAAAGGCGCGACGAGCAACGUAUUCCUGGCCGUCCACGCCGCCACCCUCAAGAUGGUCGCCCUCAAAGAGGUGACCGUGAGCAACGACGCGGACCGGUGGGCCGUCCGGACCGAGAUGCGCGCGCUCAAGACCCAGCGCUCCCCGCUCCUCAACUCGGCCUUCACUACCAAGCUCGCGUCGUGCCCUAGGAUAGUCGACUACUACGGCAGCGUCGUGAGGGAGAACGGGAACGCCUGCAUAGCGGUGGAGUACGUGGCCGGCGGCAGCCUGGAGAACUGGCUGGAGAACAGCGGCGCGUCCGUGUGCCCCGAGCCGUGGUUCGCGCACAUCACUCACCAGGCCCUAGAGGUGAGAGAGAGGAAGCAAAGGAGAUGUGCACUUUAG